CCGGCGCAAAGAUUGAAGGGCAAUACGGUCAUUUCGUUAUCUCCAGACAGUAUAAAACAGCUAGGGUUUCGCUCUCUUCUCCAACCCGACAGACCUCCGCCGUCUUGCUUCCUCCGCCGCCGUCGCGAUCUCAGGCUGCAGCUUGUUGAUUGUUUACGAUGGUGAAGGUUAGCGUUUUGAAUGACGCUCUUAAGAGCAUGUAUAAUGCUGAAAAGAGGGGAAAGAGACAGGUCAUGAUCAGACCGUCCUCGAAAGUGAUCAUCAAGUUUCUUCUGGUGAUGCAAAAGCAUGGUUACAUCGGAGAGUUUGAGUAUGUUGACGACCACAGGUCUGGCAAAAUUGUGGUUGAACUCAAUGGAAGGCUAAACAAGUGUGGAGUUAUCAGUCCCCGUUUCGAUAUUGGUGUCAAGGAAAUUGAAGGCUGGACAGCAAGGCUGCUUCCCUCAAGACAGUUUGGUUAUAUUGUGUUAACAACUUCAGCUGGCAUCAUGGAUCAUGAAGAGGCGAGGAGAAAGAAUGUUGGUGGAAAAGUACUUGGCUUCUUUUACUAGGUGGAGUUAGUUUUGCCAAUGAAUCCCUGAUAUUUCAGUUUGCUGAGGAUUUUGUUAUGUAUUUUUGAAGUGGUUUCCAUAGGGAUUUACCUUAUUGGGCAAAAUUUUCAUUUUUUGUUUAAUGGAGCUUUUGAUUUUUCGUUCCGCUUCUCUAGUGCUCUAUCUGCAAUUAAAAGAGAUACAGGAUUUUCUUUUAAAAUACAGAUGUUCUGAUGAUUGUCUGA